CGGUGAGCACAUCUUUUUCAAUUUGCCUUCGAUUUUCACGGACAGAGGAGAGAAAAGGAGGGAUUCGAAAAUAUUGGAUCGUGUUCGACAUGAAUUUUAGUUGGAACGUGCAGGGUUCCGGUGAGAAAAAUAACCGCGCGAGGAUCGAUCUUCGUCUUGGCGAAAUUUCGCGUGCACACGAGUAAACAGAGGGUGAAGGAGGACACGCGAUUCGUUGGUGCCUGUCGACGCACGCGUACACGUUCUAUCGUACACGAUAUAUCAUAGGCAAUGUGCAUCCUAGCGAUUGUGGCAUACGUUUCGCGUGACCCGUGAACGUUCUGCCUGUAACGGCGCUACGACUCUCGCGAAUUCUCGAAAUCGAGGCUGAUCGUUCCGAUUGUUUACCCGUGCAUCCGUUUGCUCGGACUCUGGGAGAUCGUUCGAGCUGGUAGCAUCCAAGUAUCAACGAUACCGGCAUCGUCGAUGGUAAUCGUCACUGUGACUGCUGCGGUCCUAUAAAUUUACGUCACGUCCGUGUAGCGUGUAUCACGAUCGUAUCCUUGGACGUUGGUGUCCGAGAAAAGAAGGGAACGAAUAAGAGCGAAUCGAUUUUCAACAGUAGCGACGAAUACCUGUCGAGAACUAUCUGGAUAUUACGCUGGUUCCGUACGAAACAUAUAGCUUAGGAGAAAAGGAGAAUCGGAAAAGUCCGAGCGCGUGGUAUAGCGGACUUUUCUUCGGUGGCAGAUGGCUGGAAAUCGUAUGCACCGCGUCCUGAUCUCUGCAUCGCGUUUUGCAGCACGUUGCGAGCCCUGAAGGCUCUGUCUAAGUAACAGUACUUGCUCGCGCUCGGUGGAGUAAGCCUCUCUCCGAAGAACGGGACCCACACUCCACGAGCCCGCUCUCUACACGCUCCUCGCCUCUCGCCCCCUCCCGUCUCUUCACCCAACAUACUCUUUCUGUGUAUUUGCCUCUCCUUCUAUCGUGGCCGAAGUAGUCUGGCCGGUCGAGCACGGGGAGUCUCGUGAAACCAGUCCUCGUACGGUGGACCUCUCGGUUGGGACCUGGCGAAGAGAGGAGGUUGUUCGCUUGUUCCUCUACACCGGCACCUUUUGCACCUGCCGUGUGAUUCCAAGUUUUUUUGCCUUUCCAAACCGAUGCCCUCUGUGCUACCUCAUCCGAAUAGUAACGAAAUUUUCCGUGGAUGUUCGUUCACGCUUCGCCGCAGUGAGACUCCGAUCGGCUUCGCGUGAAUGCGAAGCGACGCGCAGCGUGUUUAUUGCACAAACCAGUCCUGCUAGACGGAAGGACGCAUCGGUCAUUUGUUAAGUGGCACGCUUUUGUACCGAACGCGGUACUCCAAGAUCGCAGGUGUACCAUUUGCUGUAACAUUUUCGGAGAGCUUACCUUCCAGUGACUUUGUUGUUGUGAAUACGACGUGUGAUUUCUAGAGAGGAAUGGAAUAAGAAACGUUUUAUUAAAAACGAGAGAAGAAUCGAGGAUUUAUGAAAUUAAAGAGAACGUCCGUGUUACGAUAUUUUGUACUUGUUAGCGUAGACGUGAUGCUCGCGUCAAGGCGCGCGACGUUUAAUUCGCCCCAUGUCAAUUUUUGGAGGAUUCCGAGAAUCGAGAAAAUUCUUACGAGCGAGAAGAUCAGCGACCAGUAAAUAUCAAGAUCGGUAACACGUGCGAGCAGAGAGACUCGCGUGAAAUCACAGUCACCAUGUCAAUCGCUGUCGAAGCGUAUCGGAGGUCGAGGUGUACUUUGGAGAAAUAAAAUGAACGAAAAAGCUAAAUAGUCUGUGGAAGUUCAGAAGAAUCCGUCGUGGUCGCCGAAGCCGAGCGAUUAUCAGUUUGGCGAAAGAGAGGUUAUGUGCCUCUCUCCGGAUUCGACCUAACCUCCAAGUGUCUCGGUUACGAGUCCCACUAAUCUAAUUCGUGCCUCUUACUGCCGCGCACUCGAUGGAAGCGCCGACCGUAUGCUACAUCGUGUAACUUCUUUUUAUAGCUAUCGAUAAUCAUCGCGCGAUCUCGAGGAUUUGGGAUCGAACGGAAACGGUACGUCGCGUCGUCGAUCAGCGUAUGAUAUCGACCAUCGCCAUUGUUGAAUUUUGAGAAAUCGUUUAAAGCGUCGAAUCUUGUGCUUUUCGUUGUUACAUUUGCUACCCUUUUCGGUCGCGGCAACGUUAUCGAUUUAGUGACCGGUGCGAUUCGAUCGAUAUCGCUUCGCGUAUAACUCGAUUCGUGCGAAGAAUAGCACGGUGCAGUGGUUAAUCGGACCGAGAUCGUAAAGAUCGAAAGCAAACACGUUUCGAGUCAGUGUUCUUUUCCUUCUCGCGUGUGCGUGUUUGAGCUUGUGCGUUUCGUUUUUCUUGUUUUAUCUCCGAUCGCUCUUGCCGUGUGCCUCCACGCCGAAACGAAUCGAUGGAUCGACGCUGAGGGUCGCUGAGAGGAAUUCGCGAAGAAACAGCCAAAAAUGAAGACCACACAACGCGCAUUAAGUUUCGACGAGACGUCGAUGGACAGCUGUCCGUUGGCAGCGAUCGCCGAGGCAAGGGCAGGCGAUUUGUCCAAGGAUGGCAACGAGAUGGAAGUGACAUCGCUGGAAGAGGCAAAAUCGGUAAUAGCUGCGCUUCGAGCGAGGCAAAGAGCACAGGCGCAUCAAAUGCUCGCCUGGCGAAGGACCCUGAAAUUGCAGGAGGACCUCGUGGCACGGCUGACAAGGGAGAAGGCAGAGCAGCUACGGACAUUGUCCUCGCAGCUGCUGCUCUUCGAAUCGAGGCUUUGUCGAAAACAGAAGGAGAUCGAGGCUAGUCUGGCGCAACGAGAGUCCAUUAUUCUCAGACAGCAGAGGGUGAUUCGUCAAUUGCAAAGCAGAUUGGCGGAAAGAAGUACCGGGACGAGAGAUUCGCCACCUUGCGACGCUCUGGAUAGAUUGGACAGCCUCGGAGACAGCGACAGCGCCGUUGUUCUCGAGGAGGCGGCGGACGACCUAGCGCCACCGAGGUUUCGCUCGAACAUCACCGACGUGACGGUGAUCCGAUCGGUUUCGGACGCGGUCGAACCGUCGAGCAAGUACUCGUCGAUGCGACGAUGCAACGGUUUCCUCAGGAGACCGGAGAUCUUGGAGACCGUUUACUCGGUGGAGGAGGACGGAGACAGCGAGAACAAUCAGGACCCGUCCGAAUCGACGGAAAACUCGGAAUGCGAGGAGAGACGGGCAAAGAACUUGGGAAACGGAAAGGGCAGACUUCAGGAUUUGUACGGUAGCUUCGAGAGACUCGCUCAAGAGGCAGACUCCCCGCCCAACGAGAGACCAAGGGACGAAAGUCAGCAGGCGCAGGUCACGUACAACAGGGUAAUGAGUAAUCACCGAUCAGUGACGAAGCCAAAAGACGUCAAGUACAAGAGGAUAAACAAAGCGAAGUCGAAAAGCCUGGAAGAACUAAGGGGACGACUGAGAAAUUGGGUGGAGAAAGGGAACAAAAUCGCUAUAUCGUUGGAUCAAUCUUACGCCUGAAUCUCUACUUUCUGAAAGUAUAUUAUACAAAUUGUUGGAAACGGCGAUCGAGAUCGAUCGAUCGUUGGUCGUCGUGCACGCGGCAAUCUCGAGCGGCAACGAUACGGUGGACGUCGACGCGAUCGAUCGCCGUUGUAUAUUUAAUUAAAAUUCUCAUCGCUCCAUGUGAUAUUUACCGUAGUGUCUCGAGAAUUAAUUAGAAACUUUACGCACCGCGGAAUACGUUGCGCGUGGACAAUUUUAACAUUUGUGAUAUAUAUAAUGAUUUUAUGAUAAUGCAACCACGUUAUCUAGUGAUAAUUAUCGUCGUCGCGAUCGUGGAACGGUAAGAGGAGUAACGCUAAUGGAGGAGAACGAGACAAGAUAAUCGAGAAUAUUUGCUAUUCGCGUAAACGUAACUUGUACUAUGGCAAACUCGCGUUGCCAAAUUCUCUGGCGUACGAUCUGCAUCGUAAAUCGAAAUUACCUUUCUCACCGCGAACGAAACUAAACGUGCACCCAAUAUAACCGAGUCGUAGCUUCCUUCCUUCCUUCCUUCCUUCCUUCCUUCCUUCCUUCCUUCCUUCCUUCCUUUCCACGCGUUCGCCGGAUCGUCGAUUACGAUCACCGUGCUAUAUCGAUCAAUUGACGCAACGUUUAAUCCGUACGAGAUAUCGCACCUUCUUCAAAAAGAGAAGAGCGAUCGUAUUUUCCAACGGACCUGAGCUCGAUUUUUUAUCUAUAAAAAUUGCUUAAACGCCGGUCACACGCUAUAUAUGGCUCUGUCGCGUCAUACUCCCAUAUCUGCCUUAUCUCAUACAUCUUUGCCUAUACGCAAAAAGAACAAACGGGAUAAAAGCUUUCAACGUAUCAUACGCGAAACUUGUACGAUAUUCUCGAGCAUCUUACGAGAUACGAUAUCUUCUUUCUUAUGUCGUUCAACGAACAUCCUACAUUUUAUUCAGUAUCGACAAACGUGCCACUCUAUCUACUUUUCUAUUAAGAUUUCGUAGGGCGAACUUGCUCAUCGAUUCUAUCGUCAGGCUGAUCGAAACGAUCGACGCUGUGUACCGUAGCGAAAAGAGACGCGAUUCGAGUUAACGCGCUUACCGCAAUCGUAAAUAACGAAAAUUAUUAUCGAGAGGUAAUACUAUAUGAAAUAUGUGUAUACUGAACGAUAAAUGCUUGAAAAAAAUCGCGGUACUUAAAGUAUCGAUGGAAAUAUUUUAACUCGACCACUAUAAUAUUCUGUUACUGCGAUUGUUUCGAUCAGUCUGGCUAGUGAAUUUCUUUAGAUAAUCUUCAAGAUUAUCUGAUUUAAUCGACGGAAGAUAAUCAAUAUCUAUAUAUGUAUAUGUGAUGCAUUUACCGAAUCUAAUGCAGCACGAGUUAUUUUUCGAGAUUUACGAAUGUCUUUUCGAUGCGAUUAAAAAAUGUUCGUAAGACACGAGUUACACCGUAGCAUAAUAUUUUUCGAUCGUUCUUUACGCCGUACCAACGACACGAACUCGACACUUUAUUUAUUUAUCGACCAUGUAUGUGCGGCCGUCGUCUAACCUUUCUGUCUCAUUCGAAUGAGAAAACUAUUCUUGCGGGUACCUGUGUAAUGUUAAAAAAUACAUAGAAACGUUUUCUAUUUCGCGUUCCGUUCGAGGCGAAUUUAUAUUUAACCGGCGCGUUCUCGAACGGGAUAAGGGUACAAGAAAACUAUCGACAAUCCCCAAUUUUGAAAAAAAAAAAAAAAAAAAAAAAAAGCAAAACAUAUUCUAUUAGAGAGGAAUCUACAGACAAUUCUUUUGUAAAUAAGAUGAGAUGAAAUAUAUAUAUAUAUAUAUUAUGAUAUGUAAUAGCUUAAGAUUAAGACUCUUGGAAAUUCUGCAAAAAGAUUAUCAUGUAGAUAGCCGCGUUAACAAGAACGAUAAAUUUUAACGAUAGAGAAUCAAGUUUUAUGUUCCUGUAGGCUGCAUAACAGCCAUCGACAGAUCUCGUGCAUAAUAUAUUUGCGCGCUUAUAAAUACAUAUACUUAUAAAUAAAUCGCAUAUAAAUAUAUAAAUAUAUAUAAACGAAAUACUAUAUGAAACUGUAAUUGAGUCUACUUUGCUAAUGACGAAAUGGGAAUGAGAAAAGAAAAAAGUCGGAAUAACCUGAGCAAACUGACUCUGACGAAUCUGUGGUAUCGUAUUUACAGAUGUUCCAAUAUACGCGUGAACAAAACAGAUGCUACAAAACUGAUACAGAUAUCGCAAAUGGUUUAUAAAGAAAGUCGACUGUCAUUCUAAUUUAUGUAAACGAUGUAUCGUGUAUACCAUCGCUUUCUUAGAAAAUUAGUAAACUGCUACCGAUAUUAAUAAUUACCGCAUUAUUAUUUUAAUUAUUAUAUUAAAUCGCAAAUAAAUUAUAAUACAAAAA